AUGUCAACAGUAACGUGAUAAUAAACAUUGAAAACGGCGCGCUCUACAGCACCCAUCGUUCAGCUGAUCGCCAGUCCCCAACGGCCCGACGACGACAGUGCUUUUUAAUCAUUUUUCGGUUUUUCUGCGCAACGGUUGCUUUCGGUUUGGCCGUCGGCUGUGUCAUCUAUACGCUCCACACAAUGGGCUGGAUUUUUGCCGUUCUCGUCGCGCUCGUUGCCCUUCUGCUUACAAAGCCGGGAUGGCGUUGGUUCUACAUCGCGGGAGCCACUGCCCAGCGUGAUCUGACUGCCCUUUGGGCUUACAUCAAGCUACUGAGGUACACGAAACGCCAUGAACGUCUUAACUAUACGGUGGCGGACGUCUUCGAGAGGAAUGUUCGCAGCCAUCCCGAGAAGGUGGCCGUUGUCAGCGAGACCCAGAGCUGGACCUUCCGCCAGGUGAACGAGCAUGCCAACAAGGUGGCCAACGUUCUGCAGGCUCAGGGCUACAAGAAGGGCGAUGUGGUGGCCCUUCUGCUGGAGAAUCGUGCCGAAUAUGUAGCCACUUGGCUGGGUCUGUCCAAGAUUGGUGUGAUCACCCCUCUGAUCAACACCAACCUGCGUGGUCCCUCCCUAUUGCACAGCAUUACGGUGGCCCACUGCUCAGCCCUCAUCUAUGGGGAAGACUUUAUCGAAGCCGUGUCCGAGGUGGCCAAGGAUCUGCCAGCCGAACUAACGCUGUUCCAGUACAACAACGAGAACAACAACAGCCAGGCGGAUAAGGAUAUUUCGAAGGCCAAGAACCUCAACACCCUGCUCGCUACCGCCAGCAAGGAGAAGCCCAACAAGACGGAGGUUAACCACCACGACAAGCUGGUCUACAUCUACACCUCCGGCACCACUGGUCUGCCCAAGGCGGCUGUCAUCUCGCACUCGCGCUAUCUGUUUAUUGCUGCUGGCAUUCACUACACCAUGGGCUUCCAAGACGAAGAUGUCUUCUACACUCCCCUGCCUCUGUACCACACGGCUGGCGGCAUCAUGUGCAUGGGCCAGUCGGUGCUCUUCGGUUCCACGGUCUCUAUUCGCAAGAAGUUCUCUGCCUCGAACUAUUUCGCCGACUGCGCCAAAUACAAUGCCACCAUUGGUCAGUACAUUGGUGAGAUGGCCCGCUACAUUCUGGCUACGAAGCCAUCGGAAUAUGACCGCAAGCACCGCGUGCGUCUCGUUUUUGGCAACGGACUGCGACCUCAGAUCUGGCCACAGUUUGUGGAGCGCUUCAACAUUGCCAAGGUGGGAGAGUUCUAUGGCGCCACCGAGGGCAACGCUAACAUCAUGAACCACGACAACACGGUGGGAGCCAUCGGCUUUGUGUCGCGCAUCCUGCCAAAGAUUUAUCCCAUUUCGAUCAUUCGUGCUGACCCCGAUACUGGAGAGCCCAUCAGAAACAAGGAUGGACUUUGCCAGCUGUGUGCUCCCAACGAGCCAGGAGUCUUCAUUGGCAAGAUCGUUAAGGGCAACCCGUCUCGGGAAUUCCUGGGCUACGUUGAUGCGAAGGCUUCGGCCAAGAAGAUCGUUAAGGAUGUCUUCAAGCACGGCGACAUGGCCUUCCUGUCCGGCGAUCUGCUGGUGGCCGAUGAGAAGGGAUACUUAUACUUCAAGGACCGCACUGGCGACACCUUCCGUUGGAAGGGCGAGAACGUUUCCACCAGCGAAGUGGAGGCGCAGGUCAGCAAUGUGGCUGGCUACAAGGAUACUGUGGUUUACGGAGUAACCAUUCCGCACACGGAGGGCAGGGCAGGCAUGGCUGCCAUCUAUGAUCCGCAGCGAGAACUGGACCUCGACGUCUUUGCCGGUAAUCUGGCCAAGGUGCUGCCCGCCUAUGCUCGACCCCAGUUCAUUCGGCUGCUGACCAAGGUGGACCUGACCGGUACAUUCAAGCUGCGCAAGGUGGACCUCCAGAAGGAGGGCUACGACCCGACCGCGAUCAAGGACGCCCUCUACUACCAGACUGCCAAGGGGCGCUACGAGCUGCUGACACCGCAGGUGUACGAUCAAGUUCAGCGGAACGAGGUGCGCUUCUAGGAGCCCGACUGUCUGCUGCAAUGGGGUUGUUUUUCGCUUUGCCUUUUGCCCAAUAUGCUGUUAAUUAAUUUGUAAGAUAACCACGAGUCGACUUAGCCUAGAAAAAGGACAAAAUGGAGAGAUCGAAGCUUCGGAGUUUUCUCCAAGCGCGCAUUUCCAUGUCAACAUUGCACUUUUUGUAUAACCUAAGUCCCCAUGUAUCGUAAUCGUAGUUGUGUGUGCAUUUUUUAGGAGAUGAUAGCCCCCUAUACGCAUUUUGAAUGUUUUUAGCUUGCUAAAGAACCUUGUUAAGUGCAAUUCCAAGCUAUUGUUUAGUCAGUUUUAGUGGCAUUUACACUUCCAUUCUCGCUGCAUUUGCCUGUAUAUACGAGAAGCUCUGAUGAUUGUGUAUCAAAUAAAGUUUGUUUCUUCACCAUUGA